AUGGAGACCAGUACCACUGACUUUAAACAUUCACCAAAAGAUCGUGGUCGCCAUAGAUUAUUGGCUGUGAGACCGUCAACUGUUCGAGCCAAGUCUGGAUCAGCUCGCUCUCAUCAACAUCCAACCCCGCAUGGUCCUCGUUCCCCGUUAUUCACCGAUACUUUCACCUCAUCUCACCCCCCUACCACCACUGCUACCACAACAACCACAACCACUACUAUUCAUCAUCUGUCGGCUGGCCCACCAACGCCGAGGUCAACGUCAACGGUCUCAGGUCGGCCACUAUCGCCUCUACCACCGCCACCCGCGACCGAUGCCGCGGGUCAUUCUCAAUAUGCGCUAAGCUCAAGUGGCAGCCACUCUGCUGGCUUACAUUUUAAUGCCAUGUCUGAGCAAGGGUGGCCGCGGACUGACCCGGACGGUACCGGUGAUAGCGUUGGCGAGGACGAGGACGAGGAUCCUGAUCAUGUCCUUGCUCCCCACCAAGCUAGGAGAAGAGAUUCAACUAAGACCACCGCUGGUUCGAGCUCUUCGCGGUUCUUCCGCUCAAUAGUUCACAAGUUUGGUCGCACGUUUAAUAGAAAUUACUUUCUUCCUACCGAUAAGCUAGAACAAGAGCGGAAUAAUCUCCAGCAUGAAAUUAGCGUCGAAGCACACGACGGAGAGCUGUAUCUCUGUCCAGUAGUGAAUCCCAGGAGAGUGCUUGACAUCGGCACGGGCACCGGAAUAUGGGCGGUAGAGUUCGGCAUGAGAAAUCCCGACAGUGACGUGUUAGGCAUCGACCUAAAUCCAACGCCGCAACCGCCCUAUAUCGUUCCGAAUUGCCAUUUCCAAAUAGCGGACGUGUACGACGACUGGGGGUUCGGGCACCGGUUUGAUUUCAUCCACAUACGAAGUCUAGGCGAGCCCGUCGACAAAACCCGAUUGUUCAAACUUAUCCACGAUAAUCUAGAGCCGGGUGGUUGGGUCGAAUUCCAAGAGUGGAUCCUUCAUGUGCAAUCCUCGGAUCGGUCUCUUGACGGCACAGCCCUACAGAAGUGGAACAAGAACCUGACUGAAGGCAUGUUUAUCUUGGCAUCGGGGUUUGCUCUGUAA